UCCUGAAAAUAAGAACAAAGGAAAUCAUACAAGGUUGCGCUCUGGUCCGGAUCUUCCUUGAGCCGGUAAUGGCUUCAUCCUUCCUGUCCUCGCUACUCUGUUUCUUCACAACUUCUUCGCCGGGUCAAAAAUAUUUGCCGGCUCUCAUGGUUCUUCUUAACACUUGACCAUUUUCGCCUCUUCUUAUCGUGGCAUCACCUUCUCUGCUUCAACAUGUGCAUAUGUCAUCAUAACGAAUCUUUGAAUGGAUGUCAAAUCUUUUAAGCGUGAAAAUCGAGUCAACUUUUGAGCCUAAAUUUACUGCGCCGCCUGGGGUUUUGCUCCUGCAGUUUCAGGUUCCACCUCCCCUAAAUAGACAGGCAGCCCCCUGUGGCUCACCCUUACAUCUUCCUUCUCCUCUCGCUCAUGACGCCGCCGCGCCCCUUCGAGCUCAAGGUCAGCAGCAAACAGCGACCCCAACGCCGCCCCCGGAGCCCGUCGAGCACGCCGUGGCCACACUUCGAACACCGGCGCUGACAGACGCCAGCAGCACCGUCGAGUCAUCGGGUCGCAUCACCGACAGCAUCCGAGUCAACAACGAGGGCUGCGUUGCAGCACUGGCUGUCGUCAACAAAAAUCAUUGCAUCCGUAGCGUGCGGCGUGUGGAUCUUGAGCAGCAGGUGGAGCUUGGGAAGUAGGUCAUGGCGGACAGGAGGCCAUGCCGAAGGUGAUCAAGCUCGUUGGAUAUUGACCGGUUCUCGCUCCAACUAAAGAGAUAAGGCUGGGCAGGUCGUGGGCGGCCCUCCACCAAGACAUGUGGCGUCCGUAGCGCGCGGCUUAAGGGAGAGAAAGAUCAUCAGGUGGAAAAUAAACAUUUCCCUUUUCUUAAACAUAUGCAUAUCGGAUUUUACAACAACCCCCGUCGAUACAAAAAAAAACUACUCGGAGUAACGCACCGGCCGGCCUCGUUAUAUUUUCCGAAUCAAGUGUUUUUAGCCAACAUUAUUCAAAUCAAUA